GUGCGUUGAAACAUUUGCUAGGACUUUAUUGCAUGAAACAAUGGGGUUUGAACAAUUAAAGAAAUGCAUGUGUACAAACUUUGUCGCAGAGUUGAUCUUCUUUCUCUAUAAAAUGGCGCAGAGUAUGCUAGAACCAACGGCCCGCUUAUUUAUCUAUGAGACCACAUGUAAACAAGGAUUUACUGAUACAGUUAAUAAAACUGUUUGUGGCCAUUUAAAAGAAUUUCCGGAAUAUGAAAACAUGGUUCAGGAACUUUCCGCGGAGUAUCUUAUGGCCUACAAGGUACUGUUGAAUGUCCCUGUGAUUAUUCUUUCGUUAUUCUGUGGUGCCUGGAGCGAUAAAGUUGGACGUAAAUUACCCAUCAUGCUACCGUGUCUAGGUAAUAUUUUCUCUGUAUUGUUAUACAUGCUAGGAUCUGCGCCCCGCAUGCCAACAAUGGUGCUGAUUAUGAUUGGUUCUGGCCUGAGUGGAAUUUUUGGGAAAAGUGCUGUCAUCACAAUGGCACUCCAUAGCUACGUGGCUGAUGUCACAGAUAAAGCAAACCGUACACGACGACUCGGAAAACUUCUUGGUAUGAACUUUUUUGGUUACUGUUGCGGAUCACUCCUUGCUGGAGCAUUGUUAGAGGUGGUUAACUUCAAUGUUAUAUUCACCAUUGUAACACUGAUCAACGGGAUAGCAGUAAUGGUCACCCUUUGCUGCAUGGAGGAGAGUGUUCAAAACCCUCAAACUGCAUUCCCUUCAGGUGAUCAGAAACCAACUUUCCUGUUUAAACUCACCAACAUGCGAGACUCUUUGCUCGUUGUAUUUAAACGCCGUGAAAAUAAUGCACGCUGCUAUAUCUGCAUGUUGUUUUUCAUCAUUGUGGCACAUCAGACAUGUAAGUCUGGAGAACAAGAUAUUUCAAUGCUGUAUGUCAAGAGAUCACCAUUGGACUGGCCUAGAUCCUGGUAUGGCUACCUGCUUGCAAUUGAAUAUGCUGCGUCUGGCCUCGCCCAGUUCUUCAUGCUUCCUAUAUUGACCAAUGUCCUUAAGCUGAAAGAUUCUACCAUCAUCAUGACAGGAAUUACAUUCAAAUUCACCCGCUUGAUGAUGAUAUCAUUUGCUGAUAAAUCCUGGAUGGUGUACCUUUCGAUGGUUAUAGGUGGCCCCACUAGUCUGAUCGUCGCAGGCGUAAAGUCUAUUCUUAGUAAAACUGUUCACGAAGAUGAAAUUGGAAAAACAUUUUCGUUACUUUCAUGUGGUGAAACUCUUUCGAAUUUAUUUGGUUCGAUAAUUAUCAACAACAUCUAUGUAGCCACUGUGAACAUCUAUCCCGGUUUUGCAUUCCUAUUAGAUGCUGCUUUCUAUUUUAUUCUUUUCAUCAUCAUGCUCUUGCUUGCGAGAGAUAUGGACAUAAAUGCGCAGUAUGGCUUGCUGAAGGAAUUCUCACCUAGCUGUAAAUCGGAAAGUCCUGAUGAAAAUAUAGAUAGAUCGAGUGUGAGCAGUACGCCAAAAUAUGACGACGGUCCAGGAGCUAUUGAGCCAAUUCAGCCCAUAAAUGAGAAUAUUGGAGCUGAUGAAACAAUGCACCUCCAAAGAGGUGUUAUUGAUAAAAGGGACAAGAUGUUUUAUGAUUCCGUAAGUAAAAGAGACUGAUUCUAUUGAAAGAACAGACUAUAACAGUC